CAUUUGACGAAAUUGAUGUACAUUUGCCUUGUUGGGGCUUUGCUCGUAGUUAAUCGAUGGCAGAGAAAUCGAUCAACGCGGAAAUUCGGUCGCAUUCACGUGACCCAGAUAAUCAUAAUAAUAGAGCGACAAGGACAUCGUCUUUCUGAAAACAUGAGACGAGCGCUACAUUUUGUUUUCAAAGUUGGCGACCGAUCCAAAACGGCCACAUUUUACCGAGAUGUUUUGGGCAUGAAGGUUUUGCGUCACGAGGAAUUUGUCGAAGGCUGCAAAGCAACAUGCAACGGCCCCUAUGAUGGCAAAUGGAGCAAGACUAUGGUUGGUUUUGGUCCAGAGGAUGACCAUUUUGUUGCUGAGCUGACCUACAAUUAUGGGAUGGCUGAGUAUCAACUAGGAAAUGAUUUUUUGGGGCUCACCCUUCAGUCAAGUCAGGCUGUUAGUAAUGCCAAACGCUUGGGCUGGCCCCUCACUCAGGUGGGGGACAGCCUCUACCAGACGCAGGCUCCAGGAGGGUAUUGCUUCUACCUGGUGGACAAAGAACAGCCUUCCACAGAUCCCGUGCAGAAGGUUUGCCUCGGAGUAUCAGACCUCGCCAAGUCCAUUCAUUACUGGUCAAAAUUGUUGGGAAUGACUGUGAUGGAAAAGAACGACGACAAGAAAACAGCCCUACUGGGAUUCGGAGACACACAGUGUAAGCUGGAGCUCCGCGACAUCAAUGGGACUGUAAACCAUGGCACAGCAUUUGGGAGGAUUGCCUUUUCAUGCCCCCGUGAUCAACUUCCUGACCUGGAAGCCUUGAUGAAAAAGGAGAAACAGAAUAUUCUCACCCCAUUAGUGAGCUUGGACACCCCAGGAAAAGCCACUGUGGAGGUGGUGAUUCUAGCCGACCCAGAUGGCCAUGAAAUUUGCUUUGUGGGCGAUGAAGCAUUUAGACAACUUUCCAUGGUUGACCCCAAAGGAAAUGAGCUCCUGGAUAAGGGAAUGGCUGAGGACAAAAGCAAUGAGUGGUUUGCCAAGCACAACAGACAGAAAGCUGCUGCAUGAAGUGAACAAUGCAGUCUGGAAAAACUCAACUUUCACGGAGUCCUUCAAUUUCAAUUAUAUAGCACUUAAGGACAAAAACCUGUUCAUUUUGACGUCAUGUUAUUCCAUAAAAUUAGAUGGACAACCAUUUUCUGCAAAAAAUGAAGGAUAUGGGAAAAUACAGUUUUUGUUGUACUUUGAAAAAAUCCUAAAAUAAACCAUACCAUUGCA